AAGCGUUUUAGCAAAUCCUAGGGCAGAUACUGAUCGCGAAUGCUAUUAUCAGAACGGUUCCGAAGAUCAACGUGCGCGCGUCGUCCAGUCCUGUCCCCGGGUCGUGUGGCCAACCAAAGGAGGUGCUCUCUCUGUGACGGUUUAUGAGGUUUUACAGUUGCUUUCUUAGGACUUAACACGGUGAAACGAGUGUUCUUGGUAAUAGUAGUGCCCAUGUGUUAGUUUGUGAAAAGUAGUCCAUCUUUUGAAAACAAGUGAUAAGCGAAAGGUUCGAUUAGAUUAGGGGUAGUAUCGUUUGUGCGUUGUAUCGACAUGCAUUCGUUCGAACCUUCGGUUUAGUCCUAUCUGAUGCGAAUUCUUGUAGUGACCGCCGCGAGCAAGUAUUGGAGAUUGAACGCCUAUCAAUGCCUAGCUCAUCCCGGUGAUGCUCUACAGCGAAAGAAAAAAGUUAACGGCCAUAAAGCGAGAGAGUCCAAACACACAUGGUGGUAAAAAUAGUCAACAAGUGUCAAAUUUAUAGUGAGGAAAACGGAAAGUAACGUCACACACGCGGAAAAUAAACGGAAAGUGGCUCUACAGAGAAAGAGAAUACAAAAGUGACCGCCUCCAAUGAUGGGCUGGUGCUGUUGCAGAUAGAUAAAUUACCGGCCAAUUAUAGCAUGAAAAAAUAAAUAGAUCACCUCAUUGUUGGAGUAUUCGUCGUCACUGGGAAGAAGAAGCCGGCUACAAACAAGAAGAGUCGUCGUGAUACAAAUCCUAUGAUAGCGAUAUUAGCACUAUUUAAUAGCUCUCUAGGUGACCGUAGCAAAUUAUGGCUAUACAAGAGUGUCGCGCUUGUGAGUCCGAAUAAAGUUCUUUUCUGUAUUGUUACAGCGAGUCAUAAAGAGUGUGAAUGAACAUUAAACAAGCCCCAACAGCAUUGAGUGAAUCCCAGAUUAAUUAACCCUCCAAAUUCAUCAUCAAGCCGACAAACAAGAGUCCAAGGGUCAGAGUUUUAUGUGUGCUCAUCGAAAGCCUGCCAGCAUUACGUCAGCUCGUUCCGGUAUUUUCUAGCUAUUUUUCGUGCUGACCAUCAAGGAGAACCCAAUUAGUCACGAAAGCCGGGCACACAACAGGUGGCUGGUUGGGCUACCUUACUAGCUAAGUGCCCUUGAGUGCCAACCAACCAAUCGGCCCACAACCUCAAUCGAUAACCGACGGAAGACAGAGCACCUAAAACACGGAGCACGGCUACAGGCGAUAAGAUCGGUUUCUUAUCUUUUCAAGAUGAUCACAUUAGAUUUGCACUGUUGACAGCCAGGCCCUCCGAAAAUGACUACAACCCGUCAAUCGGAUACCUGAGAGAGCACCUGUUUUUCCGUUACCGAAUUCUGUGAUAUAGUACACUUUUAGCAGUGGACGAAGUCGCGCUCACGGAGCACGAUGGACCACCCACAAGACCAGCAGAAUCAGCUGGAAACGCAUUCGCUCAAUCCGGUUCCGAACCGGCGGGCGAUUAGCGAUCUGCAUUUCAAUGCAAUCAACACCAACUACAACAAGAACCAGAACAAAUUGAACAACAAUAACGUAGUGGUACAAAACGAUGAUUCCAAAGUGUUGCUACUGCCAUCAAAUCAUCGUAAAUUCAUCAUCGUUCCAUCGCAGCCGGGAAGUGCCAUUAGCAGUAGUGCCGGAACGUCUUCUCCGCCCCCGCAAUCUACACCGGCAUCGCCUUCGCAUCCGACUAGUAGCAGUAACAAUAACAAUAAUAAUAAUAGUAACACCUGUAGCCAUAAUAGUCCGCAUGUAGCCAAGUUCGAAAUCGGGGAGAGUUCCUCGAGCGGUCCCAGCUCGAUGCUCAAUCCAGCGUUCCCGCUAGGACCCAGUUCCAAACCAAAACAAUUCCACAGUUUGAGAUCGGUACGUUCUGCGACGGACCGGACGGGGAUUGCCGAUGCUCAUCUAAGUCCGACCAUCAUUCGAACCGGGUCGUACAUUUUCAGCGAAGUCGGCGGAACCCCUCGGCUGUUUUCCGAUGCAACAUCGAUCCGAUCGUUGGCUUCAAUCGGCGUGGGGUCCACCGAUGGCCGGCGGAUGGUGAUUCGACGAGUGCCAAAUUCACCAACCGAGCUGCUAACCAUCAUCAAUCCACCGACGCCCCCGGAUGAACCGUACGACAAUGACAGCUACACGGGUAUCUCGGACGACUCGGACAUCGAUAACCUGAAGCCCCGAAAGCAGCACUGGGCCAACAAGAUGCAGUUUGUGCUGGCCUGCAUCGGCUAUUCGGUCGGAUUAGGCAACGUGUGGCGGUUUCCCUAUCUGUGUUAUAAAAGCGGUGGAGGAGUUUUCCUGGUGCCGUAUUUUAUAAUACUGCUGACCUGUGGCAUCCCGAUGCUGUUCAUGGAGCUUGCUGUCGGACAGUACACGGGACGGGGGCCGAUCGGAGCACUGGGACAGUUGUGUCCGUUGUUGAAAGGUACGGGUUUGGCCAGCGUAGUCGUAUCUUUUCUCAUGUCGACCUACUACAGUGUUAUCAUCGCGUAUGCCAUCUACUACUUCUUCACGUCGUUCCGACCGGAUCUACCGUGGACUGACUGUUCGCAUCGAUGGAACACACCGGACUGCUGGGUCCCCGAGCGGAUGAAGCACAACAUCAGCCGGCCGGAGCUAUCGCGAACACCCACCGAGGAGUUCUUUGAAAACAAAGUACUCCAGAUCAGUCAUGGCAUCGAAUAUCCCGGUGGAAUGCGAUGGGAACUGGUGGCUUGCCUGAUCUGUGCCUGGAUCCUAGUCUAUUUUGCCAUCUGGAAGUCUAUCAAAUCUUCGGCCAAGGUUCGAUACCUGACGGCGACGCUGCCGUUUGUGUUGAUCAUCGUCUUCCUGGGUCGGUCUCUCACGCUGGAAGGGGCCGACAAGGGUCUGAACUACUUCUUCCGACCCAACUGGGAGGAGCUGGGCAGGGCAAACGUAUGGAUCAACGCUGCAGCACAGAACUUCAACUCGAUUGGCAUUGCCUUCGGUUCCAUGAUAUCCUUUGCCAGUUACAACAAAUACAACAACAACAUUCUACACGACACGCUGGCCGUGUCUUUCGUGAAUGGAAUCACUAGUCUUUUGGUCGGGAUCUUCGCAUUCGCAACCAUAGGAAACAUCGCCCUGGAACAAAACACGACCGUAGAGGAUGUCAUCAGCGGUGGUCCAGGUUUGAUUUUUGUGGUAUAUCCUCAAGCUUUGGCUAAGAUGCCGGCGGCACAGAUGUGGGCCGUGCUGUUCUUCUUCAUGCUGCUGUGCCUGGGCUUGAACAGUCAGUUCGCCAUUGUCGAGGUGGUUGUCACGUCGAUUCAGGAUGGUUUCCCUCGGUGGAUCAAACGGAAACUGGUCUACCAUGAACUGCUAGUGCUGAUCGUCUGUGUGGUAUCGUUCUUUGCUGGGCUGCCGAACCUGAUACAAGGUGGUAUCUACUUCUUCCAAUUGAUUGAUCACUACGCUGCAUCGAUAUCGAUUAUGUUCUUGGCAUUUUUCGAAACCGUCGCCAUUGCUUGGUUCUACGGCAUCAAUCGGUUAUCAAAGAAUGUAAAGCAAAUGACUGGAAGGUAUCCAUCGUUCUAUCUACGGUUUUGCCUGCUGAUCGCUGUGCCAGCUAUGUUAAUCUCACUGUGGAUCUUCAGUUUGAUAAACUACGAGGCCCCAACGUACCACAAUGGGAAAUACAUCUAUCCAGGUUGGGCGCACGGUCUGGGAUGGGCCAUCACAGCCGCAUCGUUGAUAUGCAUUCCGGCGUUUGCCAUCUACCAAAUAGCUCGAGCCGAAGGGGCCACGUUAGGGCAGAAAAUCAUGAACACCCUGAAGCCUAACCUUUACGAGUGUAAAAUCUGCGGCGAGCAUCACUGCGAUCAUGACUUCCCAGAAGAUGAAUAUGGACGGGAAAUGGCUCUCGUCGACUCUACUUCCGGGGCACCAUUGAUCCUGCAAGCUCCACCGCCGGGCAAUCCACUGGUGAUGGUGAAUGGCGAAAGAAACCAUACCGCAGGCGAUAACACCCAACCGGACGAAACAGGAAGGCGGUGAUUCCUGUUACGCAACCACUAAAACUCUAAAAAUUCUCAUAUCAUCAGCCACACGAAACAACCCAAUCGAAAUACAAACGAAGCAGUUCCGUAAGCAAAGUUUUAGCGAAAAGACAACUAGGUAGAUAAAUUGUAAUUUCAAACCAGUGCGAAAGUAAGAGUCGCGAGAAACAUAUUCCUAGCAUCUAAAUACUAACUGUUAGCUGUUACCAAGUAAAUUCAAUGUGAUGCUGCUGAUUUUAGACCCUUAUGAAUAACUAAAUAUAACCAAUUGAAGAAGAUACAGUCCGUAUCGAAAGAAGGACAAAAACGAACGUGGAUUUCAUACCGUCAAUAGAAAUUUGAAGCGAGGACAGUUGAACUUUCGAAAAAGGAAGGAACGGUUGUACAUUUUUUGCCCGAAUAAAUCUGUCAUUUAGGUUAAAUAUAAA